CAUGCGCGCCGCGGGGCCCGGCAUGAACCGGAAGGAGGCGGGGGCAGCACCGGAUGGCCAUGGCGGCGGCGCUGAGGGGCGCUGAGGGGCUUUUCCUACUGCGACAAGCUGUGGUCUGCCCUUUCCAGCUCCGAACGCUCUCGCUUUUCUCAAGUCCCCUGGAGCUGUCUUUCAGAACUCGCCUCUCCCUCAAGGCCGCAGGUGCCUGCCCCAGCCUGGAAUCCUCCUGGAACUGCCAGCAGAUCCGGAUGAAAGCACGAGGGAAUGAAUAUCAGCCCAACAACCGCAAGCGCAAACGCACCCACGGCUGGAUCAAGCGCAUUAGCACACCAGCCGGUGUCGAGGUUAUCCUCCGGCGCAUGCUGAAGGGCAGGAAGUCUCUGAGCCACUGAGAACUCGUUCAGUUUGGUAUGGGGCAAGCCAGAACUGAGCCCUGGAGCCGUUGCAGCGUUUGAAUGACCCAGCCUGUGCCAAGUGGCAGCGAUUGCCGAUCAGGAAGCAUGUGAGGAAUCGUGCUGGAUCCAGCGUGGCCUCCAAGGGCUUUGUUUAACAGCUGCUUUUUAAAUUCUGAAAUCAUUGCCCUUUUGUAAGUGUGAUUCAAAGAUAAAUAUGAGCUGUGAUUAAAGCCCAGUGAUUCACC